GUCAUAGGACAUUGCUGUUAUGUCCUGGGUACGAGUUGCAGUCAGCCAAGCCAAUGAGGAUGUAUUUGAUGAAGAUGCAGAUGAGAUGUAUCUACUACAGAAGGAAUGGAACAGCACCAUGAAAAAAAGAUUGCAGGAAGGCUAUAGGGAUGGAAUUGAGGCUGGUAAAGAACUUGCACUCCAGAAAGGCUUUAAUCAAGGUUACAGACAUGGUGCCAACCUGAUGAUUACAUGUGGCCAGUUCAAAGGAACCCUGAAUGCUCUCUUAUCCUGGUGCCAUUUUAAUGGACAUGAUUCCGCUUUAAGUAAGAUAAAUAAUCUUCUUGACGUGCUUGCAAAGCAUGAAGAUGAUGUGCUUAAGUAUCUGAAUUCUACUGAAGAACAGCCACAUCUUGAACACAUUUUAGACUCUGUUCAGGACAUGGACCUUAAUCACACAGCUUCAGCUGGGACAGAGGACAAUGAAGCUAAAGAUGGAAGACAGCAAGAUGGUGGCAGCUGUGGUGAAAACAUUUGUAGAAAUAAUGGUGAAGUUGGUUCCUUGCAGUCUGAGUGCAGCGAGGCAAACCUCUGCACAGAUCCUGAAAGGUCAACCCUUGCUUGGGUUAAAACACAGAUUGUUGGACUAGUAGAGCAACUGGGCUUACCAUUGGAUAUACUCGAUCAUGUCCUGCAACUGGAACGUUAGUUUUCUG